UAACAACAGGCAUGGCGUUUUGUGUUCGCAACCAUAUGGCUGCAAAUGCUGGAAUUGCUACUACAGUAACUGGCCUCUCAGUAACCCUAAGUGUGUUAAUCAUAGCCAAUGAAACAUGUGGAAACCCCUUAACCACAUCCACUGCCCUCUGAUAAUACUUUCCUAUAAAUGACUUCCUUUGGUUGUAAUCUGGAAAUCUGUGCCAAUUAUGAUUAAUGACUGAGUACCAAGAAUUCACCUUGACAGUUUCAGGUCAACGAACCCAAGUUCGGCAGAUAAUUUCCAUGUAAACACUCAAACAUGUACAAUGUACAUUGUACAGCACACACAUGUGUACAUUUGCAUGCAUUUUGUACAUUAAUUUUGUGAUUGCCCAACUACAUGCAGAGGAAAAACUACAUUGCCAAACGUCUUGUAUCAUGUAAUUUAAAAGGAAAUGUAUACCGUAUGUGACCUUUGUGCACGUACAUGAGAUGUACGUAGAUGCACAUGUUCUACCAGUACGUGUACGAUACAAGGAAGCUAAUUCAGGAAUUGGAUGCAACUGAAGUGCGUGGGUACCAGUACAUGGGCAUCAAGGCCAGAUGCCUCUAGAUAACAUCCAGAAGGAUCUACGUGUACAUGUACACACACUCAGUAGGCCCUACAGUUUGCUGAACUCUACUUGUGACCAUGAAACAGGGUUAAAAACAGCACUCCCACUGAUGGGCUGCUUACAGUUGUAAACGGAGGUCAUACAUUUUGUAGAGUGCUACGUCUACAACUCCAUUCAUAUUGGAAUACCAAGACAACAGAGGAAUAGUGGUCCGGGGCCCCGACAGCUUUAUCAACUUCUUGCCAGCUGUUGAGUCAUCGGUGAUCUGGGAGGGUUCACCCCUACGAAGGCCCCCCAGAGCCUAGGGACAACCAUCGAUGACCGUCCUCUGCUAUUAACAAUCUCAUCUGGGCAUGCUCAUUAAAGCAGUACUACAUAACUGACGCACAUAAUCUGCCACAACACCCACAAAAUCCGAAGGCACCAGACAGGGCCCAAAAAAUAACAAUCGUAGGUCCUGCUUUCUAAAAGUGCGCCUUGCCGGGGGCAAAGUGUACCCUUGGGGUUACGUCGGUGAAGAGAGUGCUGGACUCACGGAUGAGCUAAUAGCCUAGACUUCCAGGUGCAGCAGCUAUUCUUGGCCCGGACAGCACGAGUUGUUCCGGCGUUGACAUUUACCCGUUGUGGGCUGGAAGUGGAAGCGGACUGGAACCACAUGUGGUUGCUUCAGAUGUCACUGAGGCCGUAUAAAUAGGCCGGUUAAAGUAAUCGGGGGCACUCUUCGCUGAGGAGAGCUAGCUGACGGCAUUCUACGUUGUUACACUCCCCAUUGUGUUUAUGCCCUCGGGGGGGAAUUGUCCUCCAAUUCUUGGAGUAACUUUGCAUAACGAGGACGUAACCAGCGCUGAUGAACUGGGAGAAUGUAACUUGUGAGGGAAAACUAACGUUGGUGCCAAAUCUUGCCAAAUAUAUUUUUUUACAUAUUUAUGUACAGUAGGUUUGACAGUAUUGUAAGUAAGAAUAAGUUCGGUAUCAGAGAAGAUGCAAGGUUUUUUUUAUGGAAUAUUUCAUGAAAGUUGCACUGAUUCUUGCCACCUUAUAAACCUGAAAAGUGCAUGUGUUUCACCCUUUUUUUAUUGAAUGCAGUUCCUCUUUAUUUUACCUGACCUUUUCCAAUAAAAUUGUAUUGGUUGUGGGUUCAGGGAGUCUUGCAUGUACACAUUGCAGCGUCUGCAAUCAGUAUUUCGCCCACACUUGCCCGUUUAAUAUUGAACCGUUUACUUUGCCAUCCACAUUCUGUCUGUUGCUGCUUGAAACACGUUUAUUUGCGAAACAUCUCAGCUCGAAGUGCCACGUCAAUAAAAGCCUCAUUAAAUUUGGCCGCAUGCAACUCUAUCUUGGGGAUUUUCCAGUAUACAGGACCAAGCCAUGUACAAUGUAGUUUCUUUGUAAUUUAAAUAGCCAAUGAAAAUUCUGGACCUUUCUCUUUGAUCAAUUCUUUGUUCCGGCCUAGUGUUUAUCUUGUUUCAAUGGCGACAAGAUUGUGAAAUCUCCCUAGCCUGUGAUCCCUCAGUACUUGCUUUAAUAAAUGUACGUCUACACGGGCGUUUUGUAACGUCUUGCAUGCCACAUUGAUGAUUAUGCGAGUGAACGGACGGCUGUGUGAAUAGAGAUCAAGGAUCAUCCGGUUUGCAGCCAAGUUUUGACGCUGGAUGCGUGGAUCUCAUGUUCCAUCGGCUUCAAUCAAAUGAACUUGAGUCUGAGAGAGUCGGACAGACUGUGGAGAUCUCAAGUCGUGAUCUUCAUUGAUUUUAUCCAGUAACUCUAACAAGUUUACUGGCGUUGGAAUCUAAAGGUCCAUGUAAACAGUGACUGUGUUGACUGCUUUUAUUUUUCCUCCAGACCUUUAAGCAUUGCCAAGUGCAUGUUUACUCCCUGAAUGCAGUUUGUCAUAAGCAGGAAGUAAGCAUUUAUGUUGUGGCAAGUGAUGCAAAUUAUGCGAGCUGUGCCACUCUACGAACUUUCUUGAUGUGCUUGAAACGGACACACUUAAACUCCGUACUUACCCUGAUCCCAACCACAUGUUGUCAGUACUCCAAACUUCUAGAAGCUGUAUUUUUGAAACGGUGACGGGCACAAUAUGCAUACCAUAAGUCGCGGUAUUAUCUUCAUUGUCAUAGGCUCUAUUUUUGUACUACUGUCUCUUUUAAUGUAUACCGAAGUUCUUUCAAGACGCUCAAAGUGGUUUGAGCAUGCCUACCCAACUGGAAUGAUCUCAUACAGAAACCGGCUAAAGAGCCGUCCAUACCUUGAAUUUUCACAGGGAGAGUCGAUGACCAAUUCCGUGCUAGAUGUUAGCCGGAGAAAGAAACAACGCCAAUACCACACAAUGAAUAUAACAAGAUUGAGCUUUAACGGCUCCGAGAAAGUUGGCCCCGCGCACCCUGUAGGACUGAAGAUCAUGAUCAUGGGUAGGAUGCGAACAGGCUCCACAUUGCUCGGGGAAGUCCUGAACCAGAACCCUAACCUGUUCUACCUCUUUGAACCUCUCCACGCCACGGAUGCCUUGGUAAAUCUGAGGCUUAUGGACUCCAGCAAGAUGGAAGCAUCGAUGGCCACACUUCUCCGCAAACUCUCCCAGUGCACCUUCCCCAGUGAGUUCAUGUACGACAUUUACAACUGGCGCAUUGCCAGGGGAAAGAGCCGGACUAUCCAAGAAAUGUGCGAGGGCAAAUUCAGAUGCACUAAGGCCAACCCUACGCUCUUCAAUGCACGGUGCGUCCGUCGCAGAGGAAACAUGGCCAUGAAAAUGAUCCGUGCUGAUCUCGAAACCAUUAAGCCCCUCGUACUUGAAGACCACCUGAACGUGAAAAUACUCCAUCUUGUUCGCGAUCCUCGUGGCACCGCCAACUCCCGUAAACGUUUUUACUGCCCAAGGAGACAUGUCCCGCCGGAACAGUGCUCUCUGUACACAAUGGGUUUACUGGAAAAUGAACCCCAACUGAUCAAGUACAAAACAAUCCACAGGUACUGCCAGUGGAUGAGAGAGACUGUGCAGGUUGCAUUAGCAAGGCCGGAUUGGCUCCAAGGGCGUUAUAAGCUCAUUCGGUAUGAAGACAUGGCCUUAGAGCCACUGCGCUUUGCCAAAGACAUCUACAAUUUUCUAAAGCUCCCGCUGCACCCACAGGUGACAGAUUGGGUCAAAUCAAACACGCAGGAGAACACCCAGAAGAGUUCCAAAGUCUUCAAUACCAAGAAGAACUCGACUGAAGCGGCCCAGAGCUGGAGGAACACGCUCAGUUUCAAGGAGGCCAAAGAUGUGGAAAAGAAAUGCGGUGAUGUGAUGGAGCUGCUGGGCUAUCGGCUAGUCGAAUCCGAGGAGGAUUUGACAAACUACGAAGUGCCAGUCACUUCUCCACUUAAUAUUGGCUCGGACAUCAGUUUUACUUAAAGUCAGGGUGGUCAACAAACUCAAUUCCCAAGUCCAGCACAAAUAUAGGCUGAUCCACACGUGGCGCGAAAGCGAUCACACAACUGUAAAUUUGUGACACUGCAUAAAAUUUAUUUGUGCUGCAAAUUUGCAAAAGUUUAACACAUCUCAGUUCCGGCGAAUGUCAAGUGUUUCAUGGCGUCAUGCUCACUUCGCAUUCGUAUUUGAGUGAAGUGUGAACUUGCCGUAAGGACACAGAUACCAGGGACUAACAGUGACAAAUAAUGUAAGCCUUGUGAUUUGUGAUAAAUUUGUGAGGACUUGAGUAGAACUAUAAGUUUAGUACCCGGUAUGUACGUACUAGUAGCCAUCAUAAAAAGGGACGGGAGUAUUGGAGACUUUAAGUUGGAAUAUUUUGCCAAUUACAUUCAUGUACAUUUACAGUGUACCGGAAUGUGCAAUUGUUUACGAUGCCUGCAUACAUAUACAAUGUACAUACAUUGAAUGCAUGUGCAUGAGAUGCACAGUGACAAAAUUAUGUAAGUUAUCCCACGAGCGUUGGUGGAACACGGAAUAAUGUAGUGCGUCUGUGUCUUACAUAUUCGGCCUCGUGGUAUGUGGGGCACAGACGCACUACAUUUUCCGUGUUCCGCAAGCGUGAUAACGAAUUUAUCUGCAAGCAAACUUGACGCACUAAAAAGAAGGAACACGCACGCUGUACACAAACCUUUCAGUGGUAAUCCUAUUACACGUGCGUGUUUUUACGGAAUGGCGCGCACAUCUUGGAAUAGCACAAUACGCGGAGUGCGGUAUGGACCGUAGCCGUGCUACAUGGUUAUAUGUAGCACAGCUUGUUGCCAUGAAUCGACCAAUCAGGAUCGAGUAUUCAAGUUUACUUGAAGAUAAAUGUUGAUAUUGUGUCUAAAUAACUAGUUUAAUGUUGCAAUUAACAUCAUUAUUUUGAGUAGUUACUACUCAAAAUAAUGUUACUCAAAAUAAUGAUGUUAAUUGCAACAUUUUCCUGACUGCAUAAGUCUCCAACACUCACAUAAUGUCUGUGUAAAUGUACGUAUGUAUGCAUUUUGUUUGGGGGGGGGGGGGGAAUUUACUGUUAGCUGUUUCAUGUAUCAAGUGGUGCUUUUGGCUACCUGUCUAUUUCAGCCACUGUUGACUGUCCAUUUUGGAAAAAAAACCAAGCAGUACAAAGUAUUUAUAUAUUUUUCUAUUAUUGGUCCAGUCCAACCUGUGCUUGAACCUUUGACAGAAGAAAGUAACAACGUUAUGUCAACAUC